CUAUAGGUUUGGACUCUUGUCCUGAACCACAGACCCCAAGCAAUGGGAUUAAAAUUGGAGACAGAUACAUGGUUGGUGAUGUGGUGUCUUUCCAGUGUGAUCAGGGCUAUUCUCUUCAGUAUGAAAUGGACACUGAGCUCUUCAAGAGUUGUGAAAGUGUGACGAGCUUGCAGAACUGGUGUAUUUUUGCCAAGAAAAUUUGCUAUGCUCUUGUAUUGGCAAAAGCACAAUGUGGUGGUGCCAUGUCAGACUUCAGUGGAGUGAUCCUCAGCCCUGGGUUUCCUGGCAACUAUCCUAGCAGUUUGGAUUGCACAUGGACAAUAAAGCUGCCUGUUGGUUUUGCAUAUCAGCUACAAAGCUGUCCAGACCCUCGACCAUUUCGUAAUGGUUUUGUUAUUGGGAAUGACUUUACUGUGGGACAAACUAUUUCAUUUGAGUGUUUCCCUGGCUACACAUUAAUUGGAAAUUCAGCUCUGACUUGUCUCCACGGCAUCAGCCGUAACUGGAACCAUCCUCUCCCCAGAUGCGAAGCUCUCUGUGGAGGAAAUAUAACUGCAAUGAAUGGCACCAUAUACUCUCCAGGAUACCCUGAUGAGUAUCCAAACUUUCAAGACUGCUUCUGGCUUGUAAGAGUACCACCUGGAAAUGGAAUCUACAUCAAUUUCACAAUUCUUCAAACAGAGCCAAUAUAUGAUUUCAUAACUGUCUGGGAUGGACCAGACCAAAUUUCUCCUCAGAUUGGACAAUUUAGUGGCAACACUGCAUUAGAAUCAGUCUAUAGCACUUCCAAUCAGAUUCUGAUCAAGUUUCAUAGUGACUUUACUACCAGUGGCUUCUUUGUACUUAGCUAUCAUGCCUAUCAGCUCCGGGUGUGCCAGCCUCCAACAAGUAUACCAAAUGCUGAAAUUCUAACUGAGGAUGAUGAAUUUGAAAUAGGAGACAUAAUAAGAUACCAGUGUCAACCAGGCUUUACAUUGGUUGGUAAUGAGAUUCUGACUUGCCGACUAGGUGAAAGGCUUCAGAUGGAUGGAGCACCACCUACUUGUCAAGUUCUCUGUCCAGCCAAUGAAAUGCGUCUGGAUUCAACAGGAGUAAUACUGAGCCCUGGAUAUCCUGACAGCUACCCAAAUCUCCAGAUGUGUGCGUGGACCAUUACUGUGGAAAAGGGUUAUAAUAUAAGCAUGUUCUUUGAAUUCUUCCAGACAGAAAAGGAAUUUGAUAUACUUGAGGUGUUUGAUGCUCUCUACUGUAGUACUCCAGAGUCCCCUCCACAUGGUUUCAUUGUCAGUCAGACAGGUGGACAGCUCAGCAGCAUGGUUCGCUGGGCUUGCGAUCGAGGCUUUCGUCUCAUUGGGAAAAGUACUGCUGUAUGCAGGAAGUCUCCAUACGGUUAUUACACAUGGGAUGUUCCAGUCCCAGCUUGUCAAGCAAUAUCGUGUGGAAUUCCUAAAGCUCCAUUAAAUGGUGGGAUAUUAACCACGGAUUACUUAGUUGGCACCCGUGUUACUUAUUUUUGCAAUGAUGGAUAUAGACUAUCAGCCAAGGAACUUACUACUGCAGUCUGCCAGCCAGAUGGUACCUGGAGCAAUCACAAUAAAACACCUCGCUGUGUAGUUGUUACAUGUCCAAGCAUCAAUUCUUUUACACUGGAACAUGGAAGAUGGAAAAUAGUGAAUGGUUCACAUUAUGAGUAUAAAACAAAAGUAGUUUUCAGCUGUGAUCCAGGAUAUUAUGGUUUGGGACCAGCAUCUAUUGAGUGUCUUGCUAAUGGCACCUGGAGUUGGAGAAAUGAGAGGCCUUACUGCCAAAUUAUUUCUUGUGGAGAACUUCCUACACCUCCAAAUGGGAAGAAGAUUGGAACUCAAAUCACAUAUGGAUCUACAGCUAUAUUUACUUGUGACUCAGGAUACAUGCUAGUUGGCUCUGCAGUGAGAGAAUGUCUGUCUUCUGGACUCUGGAGAGGAACUGAGACCAGAUGUUUAGCUGGUCACUGUGGUAUUCCAGAUCUUAUAGUCAAUGGUCAAGUAAUUGGAGAAAAUUACGGAUAUAGAGACACAGUUGUAUAUCAAUGCAGUCCUGGGUUUCGGUUGAUUGGUUCUUCUGUACGUAUAUGUCAACAGGAUCACAACUGGUCUGGUCAGCUUCCAUCCUGUGUGCCCGUUAGCUGUGGUCACCCUGGUAGUCCUAUUUAUGGCAGAACAAGUGGAAAUGGUUUCAACUUCAAUGAUGUUGUGACAUUCUCAUGUAAUACUGGGUAUGUUAUGCAAGGACCAACGAAAGCACAGUGUCAGGCUAAUAGGCAGUGGAGCCACCCACCUCCAAUAUGCAAAG